UAUCCUGUUUUGGUGUCCAGGAUUGCGAUAAGCUUUUUUCAUUCGCACUUGCGGCUAGCGCAACAAGGCGAGGGAGCUGGAGCUUGUACUCUGGGUGAUGGAAACUCAUCGCUCAAUUCUCUCUCGCUGCGCACUAACUCAUGCGGGGGUGCUGCGCAUCCUCUUUCAAACCCCUUACUCAUGAUGUUGGACACUACAGGUCUUGGUUUUAGUCAUGAAGUAGAGAAGGCGCGUUGGUUUUGAUUGUGGAUGUUCCGUUCCAAGUUGUGCAGUGGGAAGAUCGAAGCAGCGGAAAUGGCUUGCAGACUGAGUUCGAGAACUGGGGUUGUUGCUGCCCAGGCAAAAAUGACGACGUUGUUGGAUUCUGUGCAACGAGGCUCUCACUUGACGCGACGUGAAUUAUGCUCCUCCUCCUCCUCCUCUGGGUCUAAUUCUACUUCGUCUAUGUCCAUGCGUCGCCUGUUCUAUUCCGGCCGCUGGCCAAGUAGUGUCGCAAUGGCUGGGCUUUGGUCAUCGUGGGGUUCAUCAGCUGGAGCUGUCGGAUUGAAUCGUAAGAGCCGGAUGACGACGGGCCGUCAAAGUGCAGCUUCGGGAUCAAUUACGCAAGAAGAGGUUGCAGAUGUGGGCACUGUUACUAUGGGUCAGUUUAUUGUGCAAGGUCUUCGUGAGGAGAUGGAAGACGAGAUUGUUGUGGAGGUUGAUGGUCCUAACGGGUUCUCGUAUGCUGGUGUUUUUGAUGGUCAUGCCGGAGCCUUCUCCGCCCAGUUUCUACGGGAUGAGCUUUACAAGGACUGUUUGUCUGCUCUUGAAGAGGGUGCACUACUACUCUCCGACAACUUGCAUGAAGCAGAAGAAGCUCUUUCUCGAGCUUUCUUACAGACCGACAAGCGACUCAUAUCACGGCUAGAAUCCAGCAAAGUGGUUGAGGAAGCAGAGUCCGGAUCAACGGCUACUGUUUUAUUUGCUCGGCCUGACCGUCUAGUGCUCGCCUAUGUGGGCGACUGCCGUGCGGUUUUAAGCAGGAAUGGCAAAGCUGAGGACCUCACGUCAGACCAUCGACCUUUUGGAAGAGAGAAGAAAGCUUUUGCAGAGAUCAAGAGAAUUCAAGAAGCAGGAGGGUGGGUUACUCAUGGUCGACUUUGUGGGACUCUUUCCGUCUCGCGUGCCUUUGGCGACAUCCCUUUCAAGCUUAAAACUCAGAAACAAAGGAUGCUGGACAGUGGGAUAGUUGAAAAACGGUGGAAUGACAGAUUUGCUGCCGAAAAAAAUGUCGAUGGUGAGUGGUUGAUUGCUACGCCAGAUACGACUUCUAUGCUGCUACAAGACGAAGUCGAGUUCAUUAUAGUAGCUUCCGAUGGCCUUUGGGAUUCCUUGAAGAGUGCUGAUGCCGUAAACUUUGUGAGGAAGCGCUUAAAGGAGCAUGGCGAUGUGCAGCGCGCAACAGAAGAAGUUGGACAGGAAGCUCUGAACCGGGGCGCUCAAGACAAUGUUAGUGUGAUCAUUGUGGACUUUGCGCGCGUAAAAGCAGAUACCGGAGGCUCAAGCUGGAAAUUCUGGUAGCACAUCAGAAGAAUACAGGCGCUUCUCAGACGAGCACUGUGAUUUUAAUUACUCUAACCAGUCAACUCAAGCUUUAAGAUGAGUAGAGAGGCGUCUUGUGCCAAAAUCGAUGCACUCUUCGACGCACUCUUCGACGAGGUUAGAAUCACACAACCCAAGAAUUCAAUGCUUGGAUUGUACAAAUGCACUUGUAAAUCUACUAUUCUUUUUUACGGUAUCAUCACCAAAAAUUACGAUUUCAAUUAUAUGCCUAAUUUUGUGAGGCUUGCAAAUGAGGCUUCCACUGUUGUCGAUGAUUUUACCGCAUGUUUUGAACUCAUGUCCCUCCAAGCUAGGUUGCUAGUAGAUGCUAUGUGUUAUAAAUAUUCAGCAAGCGCCCACUCAGUUGCAAAAUGAAAACGAAGUUCAAGCUUUUUGUGUAUUGAAUGUGACAAAAGUCUUUUUAUGAGAAAGUCCAUUCCUAAGCAAGUUUAUUGCUGACAA